CAUGUUCCGCUGCGUAACAUCUGACCAGGUAGUGCUUAUGUUGCCUGUGGUUCUGUUGGUGUUGCUGAUUCCCCUCAGCAGAAGUUUUCAAGCCCUGACUCCUGGCUGCCACCUUUACCCAUUUAACGUGACCAUACGUACAGACAAGCGAGGGACAUGUCGAGGAACUCAAGUGGUGUACGCUUGUGUGGGCUACUGCGAGUCCAGCGCGUUCCCGUCCCGCUACUCUGUGCUGCUCGCGUCCAAUUUCACCCACAACAUAACGUCGGCUUCCCGCUGCUGCACCAUUAGCAAGGAUGCCAAGGUCAAAGUUCGCCUGCACUGUCCUCGAGGCCGUCACCAUGACGACAUCGAGAUCUUGACUGCACGUGCCUGUCGGUGCAACAUGUGUCACAAAUCCCGUUACUGAGAGCCCAUGUGAAGCCUCCCUCAUGCUGUACU